AUUGUUCUAACUUUCUUUUGAUAAAAUAAUUUCAGGGUAGACCGUCGAUUUAGCACAUUUGAACACUUAUUUCUGGCCUUGCCUAACAAUGAUUUAGUUAAACCAUGUUAAAAAAAAGAAUACGAGACCAUGGACUAUAUUAUAUAGUCCGUUGCGGAUGUAUGUGUGUAAGGAGUGGUUGAGUAAAACAUACACCUCACAUGUGCUAAACUAAAAUACUUGCAGUAUAGAAACCAUAUAUAGAUCUAUCGUUUGCUGAAUACUAUCAAUCAAUCAAUCUAUGUACAUGGAAUGUUGGUGGCAUUGACCUACUUUCGCCCCUAACGACACACAUGUUGGAUCAACAAUAGUGGGGAGAUCUGUGUGGUUCUCAUAUACCCGGCGUACAGCCAGACAUUCAACACAUGGUCAAUGUCAUCUGUGCAUAGGAACGUAUAUACCCGCCUGUGCUAAUUAAAGGUGUAUGUAAAGAGUGUCUCUACACCGGAGGGCGAUAAAGGAAACAUCGAACCAUGUUUAACAAUACUAUUGUCAGCAAGAUAUUACUGGCUUAUGAGGAGGGGAAGUCAACCAGAGACCCCCGUACUCGGUAUUGGCUCCUGUUGGACGACAACCCACUACACGUAUGGAUCCUAACAGCGUUAUACGUCGCCUUUGUUCUCAUCGGUCCAAAAGUGAUGAAAAACCGAAAACCGUUUAAUCUGCAGAAAUUCAUGGUCGUCUACAACUUUGGUCUUGUGUUCGUGUCUUUGUAUUUGAUGAUAGAGAUAAUUGCUAGUGCAUAUGAUAUUGGCUAUUUUAAUGAGGAUCCAUGGUGCUGUAAAUACAACCGAGAUACACAAAACAAUCCUAAGGAACUACGGAUAGCGACUGUGUUUUGGUGGUACUUCCUCUCCAAACUAUUAGAGUUUAUGGAUACAGUUGUGAUGGUACUCAGGAAGAAGAAUGAUCAAAUUACAUUCCUGCAUGUCUAUCACCAUUCUAGCAUGUUGAACAUUUGGUGGUGGGUGACCACAUACCUUCCUGGGGGACAGUCCUGGUUCUCCAGCAGUCUGAACUGUUCUGUCCAUGUCAUCAUGUAUCUGUAUUACGCCCUGGCAGCCAUUCCGUCCAUGAGGAGCAAACUUUGGUGGAAAAAAUAUAUCACAAAAUAUCAAUUAGUCCAGUUUGUCCUCAUUCUUGUUCAUACAAUGCGGACGGCCUACACAGGGUGUGACUACCCAAUGUGGGGACAGUUUUUAAUAACAGGGUAUAUGAUUAGCAUGCUAAUCUUGUUUGGGAACUUCUACCUCAACGCGUACAUCAAAAAGAGACGAUUAGGAGCGGCCAAAAAGACAGAAGAUAGUUCUAAUGGAGUUUUAAACAACGGAGUGCAUAAAUCUGCUGUGAAUGGGCAUUCAAACGGUCAUUUGAAUGGCCGGACUGACGUCGUGUCACGUUAACGUUGCUUCUCAUGUCCGCCUAACUGUUACAGGGAACAUAAUAGCCAUAUAUCUAUGCAAUGCACAUGACAUGGGAUUUAUAUCUCUAGGCUUAAUGAUUUCUACUCUUUAAAUGGCAAAUUUAUAUACAUGGUUUUGUUUAAUACUAUACUAUAUGGUUAGUUAACAAACGCCUAUAUCAUAAAAUGUAUUACCAAACGCUAGUGCCAUACUUGUCGUUUGAUUUGUUCUUGGCUUUUAACAAGUUGACCGGCAUGUAUAUGCAUAUACUUUUUGUCUACACCUUUAUUAACUACGCCAAAAAAUGAGGACCUGUCAAAUUCCUAAAUCUAUAUGCUCCUUAUUUACGUAUAAACAGUAGAAAUUUUACCGGUCACUCCUGACCGAUUCUACAGAAAUAUUUAUUCUGGAGUCAACCUUGUCCCUAUUGUACACGUAUUUCUUUUGCCUCAAUAAAUUUCUUUACGGCAAA